AUGUCCCGGUGGAACAGAGCCACUACCGACGUUUGCAUCCUUUGUAAGAACAAUUCAGAAACCCGGAAUCACCUCUUUUUUGACUGUCAAUAUACUUCACCAGUGUGGGAAGCAGUAGCUAAAGGUACUUUCAAGACAAGCUACACGACCAACUGGGAAGAUCUGAUUGUGUAUGUUUCACAACAUCACCAAGAUCGUAUAGAUGGCUUCUUAUGCAGAUACGUUCUCCAAACUGUUGUCUAUACAAUUUGGAGAGAAAGAAAUGGUAGAAUGCAGGGCGACACUCAGAAUCCAACUACUAGGCUCAUCAAGUGGAUUGAUCAACACAUCAAGGAUCAACUCUCCACCAUAAUGAAGUCGGGCGAUCGGCGUUAUGCAGAGGGCUUUCAACACAAUAGAGAGCUCGAGAUGACUGAAGUCAUGUUCCAAUGUUUGAAUGGAAACAUGGAAAUGUUUAAUCUAAAUAUUUUGGAUCUUAAUGAUUUAGGUUAUAUGAUUGAUCAAUAUCUUAAAGAUAUUAAUCGCAGGGUCGAGAUAUUACAAUAUUUUGGUAUAAAGAUUGGUGAAUCUUCUUCUACUCCGACAACAACUUCUAAAGGGAAUAAAAUUAUGGAGGAUUUGGCGUUUACAACUACUCCAACUACUAUGGUUUAUGAGGUAGGUUCUUCUUCCUCAUCUGCGGUUGUCGCAGCUUCGUUAAAUCCUCCUAUUCAGCAGCAAGAAUUAUACCGCCCGACAGCUCCACAUAUUGAAGUUUAUGAGCCACCUAGAAAUCAUAAUCAUAAUCACAAUCAAAACCAACAACCAUGGUUUAUGGAAAUGAUGAAGGAUCAUAAGCAAAUGAGGUAUCCAGCAGAACACAUUAGCUUUCCAUUCAUGGACGAUCGCCAAAAACACAACCAUGUCCACCACCAUCAAGAAGAGCAACAACAUCAAAUCUGUGACGAGUCAUUCACCACUCUUGAUGUCGCUGACUCAAGUAUCAUCCCUGUUACAUGUCCAAAACAUACCAAUAAUAUAUGGAUUCAUUAA